UCAUGACAUUCAUUUCAAAUGUCCAGGAAAUUUAGCAUAGUUUUAUACGUUUUCAAUCAAUCAAGAGUGCAUUAGAAAAUUAUAUUUUUUCAAUUUGAAAAUGCACAAAUACAUGUACAUAUGGCCAAUGCUGCCAGUUUGAAACAUGUUGUAAAAAUAUAUUCAGAAGUGUACAAGACGUAUUCUUUGCAGUAUCAGUGUAUCAGGGGCGGAUGGUCUCUACAGCAGUUGCAGUGUCAGGCCUUCUGCAGCUUCUACUAUUCGUCAUCCAUGUCGUCUGCACACUCCACGAUCCACUGUGCUUUGCGUUGCAGAACCACCACCCCCCCCCCCCCCCCUGUGUGUGACAGGCUGUGACAGCCAGUCCAUGUAAGGAGAGUAUACUCACUGUUACUAUGGAAACAUGUAAACUGUGCACAGGAAAGUGGGAAGAAGAAGAGAAGAAGAAGAGUGUACAGACACAAAGUCUAUCAGGAGUAUGCACAGAGAAUGAACGUAUUUCCUCCUGUCAGCAGAGGAGAACUGAUGUACAUCACCUUAACCCAGCUAUUACUCAAAGAUGCCCAUUGCACCGAGGUCAUCUGCAAACUGUGCUAAAAUGCGGACCACACUGAGCAGCUGGACUCCCCUGAACCACGCACUGUCCAACAGCAAGGUGUUUGAGGAGAGACGAAGCCUUCUGGGGAAGUGGUUUGACAGGUGGUCUGACAGCCAGAGGAAGGCGGUGCUGCAGGACUUUGUGCUAAGCUGUUCUGUGGAGCAGCUGGUGUUCCUGAGCCUCAGUGUGAGCAGACGGCUCCCCCUGCAGGCCGCAGACUUCACCUGCCUGCUGCCCAGAGCCCUCUGCCUCUACCUCUUCUCCUCCCUGGACCCACGCAGCCUGAGCCGAUGUGCCCAGGUGAGCUGGCACUGGAAGAGCAUCGUGGAAGUGGACCAGCUGUGGAGGCCAAAGUGUGCGAGGCUGGGCUGGAGCAUCAACUUCUCCCCCACGCCGCUGGAGCAGGGCAUCUGGAAGAGACACUACAUCCAGACUGUGCAGGAGCUGCGACUCACCUCGCUGCAGACUGCCUCAUCCCAGCAGCAGUUUGUGGUUCCACCUGUAUCAGCCAUCAGACAUGAAGAUCUGUCAGAAGUGGCCUUCAUCAGCGAGGAGCGUCCAGCGUCCAGCAGCCAGCCUCUGAGAAGCAUCUCCAGGACGGGGUUCAGAAAGGAGAAGCAGCCGGCUGCACCUCCGCCGUGGAGAGACGCUGACAGACGUCCUGAAGACACACUGCGCUUCAACUACCUGGACAACCUGGACCCCACUGAACAAGGGCGGGUCAACUUCAGAGCCUCCACCUGUCGCAGCAACUCGUCCAAGCCAGGGGACGGGAGCAGGAAAACACUGUCUGAGGCGCAUUACAAACUACGCAAAGCCAAAUCGCUGAUGUUCCUCAGCUCCAACUGCAGACCCCAACAUCCUCCCCCUCUUCCUCCUCCUCCUCAUCAUGAGACUCGACCGUCUUGGGCGUCUCGCAGUCACGACCACCCCGUCACCAAGGAGACCGCCAAGAGCCUGCUGCGUCUGGCCCAGUGGAAUGCUGGGAUCCGCCCGGGGCCGGUGAGGUCUGCUGUGCCCCGGCUCAGCGUGGAGGCGCUCAGGGCGUCCCAGCGCUCUCACCGGAGCGCUCCCAGUAAGCAGUCACUGCUCCUCCACACCUCUGGGCUCAAUGUGAUGAAACCACACAGCAAGACACGUAUUCAGGACAAACUAUGAGUUUAAAAUGACUGAUUCUGUAGGAAAGUCGCAGACUUAUUAUUAGAAAUGUCUUGUUACUAUCUCCUGGGUGGAGCUAAAUAAUUUAUUCUGAACAUUUUAGUUGUUUAAAGCAAAGCAUUAGAAGUUGUUGUAGAAGACUGUAUCUAAUUAACAGGACAUCUAUUGGAAACGUACAGAAAGAAACUAGAUGUGGUUGAUUAUUACCUCACAACUGAAGGCAUGUCCGUUGGCCUGAGCUGUUAGUGGUAAGAAAAGGCUGAACAUGUCAAUGUACUCUUGUAUCAAAUGAAAAAGUGCCUUCUUACAGCAGGGUGAUAGCAUGUUUGUGCCACCACCAGCUAAAAACCUUCAUUAUGUUUAACAUAAUGCAGCCUAAAUGACAAAUCAGGUUUUAGAUCUUUUUCAUGGCAGGAAAGGUCCAGGCGUAGAAACUGCUAAAUGAAGUAUUUGAUGAUUCUAAUGAUGGCUUUCCUUAAAAUAUAUCUUAGUGAAGGAUAUGACAAGUUUUUCAAGCAUAACAUCACAGUAUCAGGACAAAGCUACAGUCCUGCAGUCCUUAACUGCUGCACCAACAAAGAGGAACACAAUGUAUCAAAUCCAACAGUUACAACGAAAUGAAGAACCUUUUUCUACUACAUAUUCCCAAUAAAUACUCUGUGAUCUGAGUGAACUGACCCUUUACAAUGUACAGCAUGUGUGCAGCACAAACCACCUGCAUCAUCAGACUACCAAACAUCACAACCUGAGGUCUCACACUGACUACGAAUGUUCCUCCACAUAACAAUGGUUGUGUUUCUGAACCUGAAGUGUAAACGUUACUAAUGAAGUGAAUACUUGCAUUAAUCCCCGGUACGCCACAGUUUGAGGUUCAGCCCUGGAGGGAGACAUCAGAGCUGCAGCUUCAGAGGCUGGAGUUUCAUAUGUUUUGCAUGACAUGUAAUGCAUUCUAAGAAUUGUGAAAUCUAAUUCCCCCCGGGAUAAAUAAAGUAUUUCUGAUUCUUUCAACUGUA